AUGAAAAAAACUACAGAGGCAGCAGCUGGACGCGGUCGCGUAAGCAGUCGCGGUCGACGUAACUUUAGGUCAAAUGCAAAAGUCCCCAGAAGAGCCCCUAGCCCUAGUUCAAGCAGCAGUUCUGACAGUGAUGAAGAUGUUCUUCCAAGCAGUGGUGAUGAUUCCGAUGUUGAUGAAUCUUUGCAAGGGGCAGUUUCUGAGAACAACGAUGCAACUUGUAUUUUUUGUGACCGCCGUUUCUCUGAUGACCGAAAAGGCGAAAUAUGGGUCCAGUGCCAAAGCUGUGCGAUGUGGGCACACAAUGAGUGCUCUGGAGCCGAACGAGAAUAUUACAUAUGCGAUUUUUGUAGAUAA